AUGCCAAAAAAAAACGAAGUGAAUUUGAAUUUAUCACAAUCAAUUGAAUAUGAUCAAAUUGACAAUGAUGAUAAUGAUGACGAUGAAUAUGAUGAUGAUAUCAGUGAUGACGAUUAUGAAACAGAACAAAAUUCAAAUCAUAAUCUUCCAACUUUAUCUCAAAUUUUAAUUAUUUGUCGAUUAAUUGGAAAACGUAAAUUUAUCUUAAGUCGAAAUGGAACAAAGAAAUUUUAUAAUAAAAUACGUCAAUAUCAAGAAUUAUCUCAAAUUGAAAAACCAAAUGAUGUUAAUUAUGGAUCUCGUAUGGGAAAGUCCGCUGAAAUAUUAUGUAAAUUAGUUGCUGUAUGUCAAAUACUUAAAAUUUCAAUGGAUAUUCUAAAAAUUCUUCAAGAUCAAAAACAGCUCAUUUGUGUUGAUUUGAGUUUCAAUUUUAUUCGUAAUGUUACUCAAAUAAUCGAAACAAAGUAUAAAUCUACAAAUAUCGUUAUGGAAAUCGAUUCGUCUAGUUGUCGAUUAGCUGGAACUCUUUUGUGCAGUCAUUUACUUAAAACAUUAUUUACUUUAUAUAACACGGAACCAAUAAUUAUGCCUGAAGAAAGAUCAACUAAUAUUCAAUCAAUUUCUAUUCAUUCAAAUAUAAAUACUAUUCGUGAACGAAUAAUUCGAUUUCCACAAUUAUUCUUUUUGAAACGUGAUCUUACUGGUAGCAUGGGUUUACUUCGACAUUAUCCUUCUGAAAUAGUCAAUACUGUUCUUGAUGAACUUAUCUGUUAUGAAUUGAUACGUCAAGGACCCUACGUAACAACAACAUCUCGAGGAAUUAUUCAUAUGAAAUCUUAUCCAUCAUAUAAUAUUUUAAAUGAUCCAUCGAAAGUUGUCGUAGCUGAACAAAUACUUAAUGAUUUAAACUUGAAUUUAGCAACUUACAUGACUAUUCUCUGUAACUCUACCAUAAAAGAAAAACAAGUACUUACAUCAGCUGGCAAAGAUCUAUUAUUAUUACCUGAACACAACGUUUUAUUGCAACAUCUAAAAGAAAAAUAUCCAGAACGGCACUUAGAUGGUAUCAUUCCAUCAGAUGAAACAAAUGAGUUAACCAACACCAUAAAUGAAAUAUUACCAAAAUCUUCCAUAAAUAAUUCAUCAAUUAAUCAUGAAAAUUCACAAGAUUCAUGCAUAUUAUCCAUAUCGAAUCAAUCAUUUACAUCAUUCAACACAACAUCUUUAAACAACGACUCUAAUACUACACCAUCUUCAUCAAAUAUCACUUCAAAAUCACUCGUAGAGAAUGUUCCACACAAAGUUUUAAUGAAUGAUGCACAUGACAUAGCAUCAACAACCAUUGACAAUCCAAAUGAUAAAAAUAUCUCAAAUGUUAUACAACAUCCAUUAAUAACCACAAAUAGUCGUGUAAUUCACAAUACAAUAAAUCCAACUCUUAAUUCCAUACCAACAUCUAUUUCAUUUCACCAAUCAUCAAAUCAAUCUAGUCAAGAAACGAAUAUUCAAUAUAUCAAUCCGACACAUUCUACAUUAUCCAUUAAUAAUGCAAAUGAUUCGUAUGAAACAUCUAGUGCUCAAACAUCUAUAUCAACUAUUACUAAUAUUCUUCCAUCUUCAUCAACAGUCAUUCAUAGUAUUCAACAAAAUAAAUUAUUAACAAUCUCAAGAACUAAUUCAAAUAUUUCUGCUAUCAAUGAUCAACUAACAUACAAAAAUGAUGCUAAUACAACCAACUCAUCACAAAUUUACAAUUUACCUGACAAUGAUUCAAACACGAAUGAAUCAAAUGGUAAUAAUUUAAAUUUCUUUUACCUAAUGUCACAUAAACCUUCUGAAUAA